GAGGAUUCUCCGGAAGAUGAAGACUCCGAUGAAGUGGCUGUUGAGGAGAACCAGAAUGAGGCUCCCAAGAAGAGCAGAUGGGCGAAAAUGAAGGACUGGGGCAAGCAGAAAAGCAUGGACUUGAAAGGAUACCGAAGCAGUCAAGAGCAAGCUUCAGCAUCCAUGGAAGAAUCGACUCAAGACAAGGAAGAAACAGUGCAGAAUUUGUUGGGCAGCAAGGUUCCGGCAACAUACAUCGAGAUGUUUGAGUUCAAUGCCACGGUGAUGGGCUUUGGGAAGCACAGGUGGCUUCGGGAGGUGAACAGAUCAUUCAGUGACAUCGUGAAAAACGCCAACAACAACGCUCGUUUGCAGGAGGAAUGCGAGGUUCUGGCGCUCCGAAUCUGCAAAACAGUGGAUGGGGACGUGAAUCUGUCCAUGUACCGGUCAGCGAUGUUGGCUGCACUGAGAUCGAUGCUUCCCAAGACUUGGGAUCCCAACCACGAGACUGCCUGGAACUGGCUAUGGGAGAGCGUUGAGAAGAAUCUCCGCGAGAUCCUCUACAAACCGCGAUCGUGGGAGCCAGCUCUCCUGCGGCUCAUGUCUCUUUGGUCAGAGGAGGAGAAGGUCGCCUUGCGCAACGAGGUCUACGUUCGCUUCUUCCAGGUUGCACCGCAGGGACAGGAUUACUUCAAGCAAUCCGACACUCGGCUUCAUUUCAUCGCCACGCGGGCGAUGGACAUGACGUCAGAGUUGCUGGCUGACCCUUGGGAGAUGACCGAGCAAAUCUCUGCGCUGGGGCUGCGCCAUGUGGGUUAUGGAAUCCCCACACAUCUCAUUGACCCAUUUGCGAAUGCCUUUGUAGAGGUGUUGCACGAGGCCGCACCUGAAGAGGAGGAAGCAUUGGAAGCUUUCAGGUGGUCCGUGGUGCUUGUGGCCAAGAUUCUUGUUCGGGUCAUCGAAGAGGGUGCCACCAUUGUCAUGAAGGCCAUCAACGCCAACUCGGCAUUGCAGCUUCGGAAGGCUGUGGCGCUGGCUCCUCGUGGGGAGCGUGCUCAGUGGCUGCCGACACCUUACUCAGCGGAUCGACUGGAAGCUUCAACUUGCACUGUAUGUUUGUGA